AUGGUUUCCAAUACUGAUAUGGGGUUUCUAGCUAUGACUUUGGCAAUAUUCAAAUUGAGAAAACAAAAAAAGAAAAGAACUAGACGCUGGUCAAAAGAGUGGUUUAAGCUGCGAAGUCGUUUUACUCAUGAAAAUUUGCUAAACGUUCUUCGAGAUACAGAACCAGAAGAUUACAAAAAUUUUCUUCGAAUGGACCAAGAAGGGUUUGAAACUUUACUUGAGCUAGUUAGGUCCAAAAUAGAAAAACAAGACACUAUUAUGCGUAAAGCAAUCCCUGCAAGUCAGAGACUUUCUGUGACAUUAAGAUAUCUAGCGUCUGGCAUGGAUUUGGAAGAUUUGAAGUUUAUGUGUGCUAUUGCCCCUCAGACUUUGGAAGGCAUCAUAAUGGAAACCUCUGAUGCAAUAAUCGAAACAUUAAAAGAUAAUAUACAGGUACCAAAAACUGAAGUGGGUUGGAAACAACUAGCUGAGAAUUUUGAAGAACUUUGGAACUUUCACAAUUGCAUUGGUAGUGUAGAUGGCAAACAUAUAUUGAUUAAAAAACCACCCAAUUCUGGUUCUUAUUACUACAACUACAAAAGUACUUUCAGUAUUGUUCUCAUGGCUAUUGUCAAUGCGAAAUAUCAGUUUAUCAUGGUAGAUGUUGGAGCGAAUGGACGAAUAUCUGAUGGUGGAGUUCUGAAGAACACGAUAUUUUGGCAAAAGUUGUCUCAGAACCAAUUAAACAUUCCUAAUGCACGUGAAUUACCCGGCUCAAAUAAAACGUUUCCUUACGUGUUUGUCGGUGACGAAGCUUUCCAACUUCAGCCAAAUUUCAUGAAACCUUACAACAGAGCAGUACUCACGGAUGAAAAACGGAUUUUUAAUUAUAGAUUGUCCCGAGCACGCAGGAUUGUUGAAAAUGCGUUUGGAAUUUUAACAUCGAGGUUCAAAAUAUUCCAAAAAAAUAUUAAUUUUGAACCACACAAGGCUAGGAAAAUAGUGAUGGCUUGCUGUCAUUUACACAACUACUUGUCAACAAGAAAUAAUGGAUAUUAUUUGCAACGUGGUGAUGUUGAUUACGAAAACAAAGAUACUGGCAGAGUAGAAGAAGGUUCAUGGAGACAAGGAACUCAGCACGUGGCAGAACUUCAAAGAACUAGAGGAAAUUCAGCGGCUGAAGCAAAAAAAAUAAGAGAUGAUUUUUGCGAGUAUUUCAACUCUUCUGGCUCAGUUCCGUGGCAAAACAAUUAUUUGACUUAG